CACACCAUCUGAAGUUCUCUGAUGUAAACGAAGGAGACACCCUCCCCCGCCAAGCGCUCACGGCAACAUCUUCAUUAUAAACCACUCCACACCACACUCGUGUGCGUUCAACAUCUGUAGGUGGUAAAUAACUAAACGUAAGAGUUCAGUUCAAUACGGUGUUAAUACACCUCCUAGCUAGGACGGGAUGUAUUGGCUUUGGGUUUUCCAGAAGGUGUUGGACAGUUUUGCGUUCGUCCUGGAAUCACCGGUGCCUCUGGAGUGAUGCGCGCCUUUUAAAAGUUUCAGCGAACUGGGAAUAUUGGAUCCUUUGUAGCCAUUUCGUUACUUUCCAAAACGAAACAAACUGAAUACAUUUGGUUGAUAUUAUUCUGUUUUUUCUUUCGUUACUUUGCUAAAAGCCGUGAAAAAUGGACAUACUUUUCUUUUCAAUUAUUUUGUUAUUUAUCGAUAAGGGUCAUUCAUCGUCCCGUUAUGGCAAGGAUUUACAGCCUUAUAUGCCUAACGUGUGCGUGGAGCGGGAGGUGACGCUGGUAGCCCAGAGGCAACCAUGUGUGCAGGCCUUCACACGCAUGGUCAAGGUGUGGAAGCAGGGCUGCCUGGGCCAAAGCUGGUGCAUGGGAUACGAGAGGAGGACGGCGUACUACACUGCCUACAGACAAGUGUACAGACAGGACUACCAGACCGUGUACAAGUGCUGCCCUGGAUGGUCCCAGCUCAACGGGGAGGCUGGCUGCCUCUAUCCGGUGUGCAGCUACGGCGUGUGUUUCAACGGGGGGCAGUGUCGGGCGGGGUCCACCCAGCUGUGUGACUGUCCCGCUGGCUUCAACGGGCCCAGCUGCCAGUAUGAUGUAGAUGAGUGUGAGGUGGAGCAGGCUAACUGUGCUCAUGGCUGCCACAACACUCUGGGCUCCUUCGCCUGUGUGUGCAACACAGCCUAUGAGCUGGGCGCUGACGGGAGACAAUGCUACCGGAUUGAGAUGGAGAUUGUGAACAGCUGUGAGACCAACAACGGGGGCUGCUCCCACCACUGCCAGCACUCCACCAGCGGCCCCGCCUGCUCCUGUAACCAUGGUUACCAGCUCCACGACGACCUCAAGACCUGCGUGGACCUGGAUGAGUGUGGGGAGGGCUCUUCGUGCUGUGAGCAGGACUGUACCAACUACCCAGGGGGGUAUGAGUGCUACUGUGCUGCGGGCUACCGUCUCAACUCAGACGGCUGCAGCUGUGAUGAUGUAGAUGAGUGUCUGGCGGCUAAUGGAGGGUGUGAUCACACGUGUCAGAACAACGCUGGAUCCUUCCAGUGCUUCUGUCGUCGGGGCUUCCGAUUGGACGAGGACCGGAGCUCCUGCAUCCCUCUGGAGGACACAGUGGAGGCCCUGUCCAGCGGGGGCGCCAUAGAGCUGCCCCUGCCCAGGCCCCAGCUCACCCUGCUGCAGGAGCACAGCCAGGCCCUGGAGCGCUACGACGACUACGAGGACGACGAGGGAGAGCUGCUGGCCGAGAGCACGCUGCAAGAGAAGUUUGUGUGUGUGAACGACACGUUUGGCCAUGACUGCAGUGUGUCGUGUCAGGACUGCACCAACGGGGGGCGCUGUGGCCCGGAGAGGGACGGCUGUGUCUGCCCCGAUGGCUGGAGUGGGCUCAUCUGCAACCAGACUUGUUCAGAGGGAUUCUUCGGUAAGAACUGCUCCUUCCGCUGCAAGUGUAAGAACGGGGCCACCUGUGAGCCCGUCAGCGGGAGCUGUCGCUGCCCGCCUGGCGUCAGCGGAGACCUCUGCCAGGACGGAUGUCCUAAGGGCCUGUAUGGGAAGCAGUGUAAUAAGAAGUGUAACUGUGCCAACAACGGGCGCUGCCACCGCACCUACGGAGCCUGUCUGUGUGACCCUGGACUCUACGGGCGCUUCUGCCACCUGCCCUGUCCUAAAUGGGCGUUCGGACCGGGCUGCUCCGAGGAGUGUAAGUGUGUCCAGCAGAACACUCUGGAAUGUCACCGUCGCAACGGCGCCUGCGUCUGCAAGCCGGGUUACCAAGGCAACACGUGCAAGGAAGAGUGUGACCCCGGCACCUACGGAGCAGGCUGUGAGAAGAAGUGCUCAUGCCCUCCUGGAGUGUCCUGUGAUCACGUGACAGGGAGGUGCCAACGCCACUGCCCUGCUGGUCGUCGUGGAGACAACUGUGACCAAGACUGUCCCCAGGGCAGGUUUGGAGAGGGCUGUGUCCAGGCCUGUACAUGUACAGGAGCCCCGUGUGACAGAGUGACAGGACAGUGCCAGUGCCUUGCUGGUGCUAGAGGAACACAGUGUGAGAACGUGUGUGUGGAGGGCUGGUGGGGUGCAGGCUGCAGGGAGGUCUGUCCCCUGUGUGAGAACGGAGGAGUGUGUGACAAACACAACGGGACCUGCCUGUGUCCUCCUGGCUACAUGGGCAAGCUGUGCCAGAAUGCUUGCCCGACGGGACGUUUCGGCGCGGGCUGCCAGCUGAAGUGUGUGUGUGAGAACAAGGCCAUGUGCCACCCUGUGACUGGACGCUGUGCCUGUGCCCCUGGCUGGACCGGGCACAGCUGCAGGAGAGCAUGUGAUGCGGGCCACUGGGGGGAGGACUGCGGCGAGUCAUGUGACUGCAGGAACGGAGACGGGAGCUGUGAUGUCAUAACGGGACAGUGCAACUGUGAGGCCGGGUACACCGGAACACGCUGCCAUCAGAAAUGCCCGGCAGGGACGUUUGGUCUGGCCUGUCGACACCGUUGCCAGUGUGACAAUCAGGGGUCAUGUGAUCACGUGAGCGGGGCUUGCACUUGCCAGGUGGGCUGGACCGGAACCUUCUGUGAGAAACCCUGUCCACAGGGAUUCUAUGGUCUGGACUGCCAGGAGAAGUGUGUGUGUUUGAACGGAGGGAGCUGCAACCACGUCAGCGGAGUGUGUGUGUGCCGCGCCGGGUGGACGGGCCCGCACUGCAACCUGACUUGUCUGGCUGGUUUCUACGGAGACGGAUGUAAUCAAACCUGUGGUUGCCAUAACAACGGCAGUUGUCACCCAGCGAGUGGGCAGUGUGUUUGUACGCCAGGCUGGACAGGGCCCAACUGCACACAGGAGUGCCCGGCGGGCUUCCACGGGGCAGACUGUCGCCAGCGUUGCCUGUGCCAGAACGGAGCCACGUGUAACAGAACCAACGGGCUGUGCACUUGUGCCAAGGGCUGGAUGGGCACUGCCUGUGAGCUGGAGUGUGUUCCGGGUCGGUUCGGGGAGGACUGCCAGCAGCAGUGUGUGUGUGACAAUGGAGGCCUGUGUGACAGACAGACAGGCCAGUGCAACUGUGGUCCUGGCUGGACUGGAGAGCACUGUGAGAAAGUGUGUGGCCUGGGCCUGUUUGGAGCCGGCUGUGAGGAGAGGUGUCAGUGUAACCAUGGGGACUCCUGUCACCACGUGACUGGAGACUGCCACUGCUCUCCUGGAUGGAGGGGACCCCGCUGUGACAAAGCCUGUCUGCCGGGCAGCUACGGCCAGGGCUGUGGGCUGAGCUGCCUCUGCCCCCAGGGCUCCUCCUGCCACCACGUCUCUGGGGAGUGUGGCUGCCCCCCCGGCCUCACGGGGAACGGCUGUGAGCAGGGCUGUCUGCCAGGGACGUUUGGACUCAACUGUAACCAGGUGUGCCAGUGCUCUGAGACAAACCAACACUGCCACCCUGUGACUGGGUUGUGUUACUGCGCCCCAGGGUUUCAUGGGCCGCGAUGUGACCAGAAGUGUGCGGCGGGCCAUUACGGGCCUAACUGUGAGAGGAGGUGUCAGUGUCUAAACAGGGCCAAGUGCUCCGCCUCCACUGGCUCUUGUGACUGCCCACCUGGAUUCAUAGGGGCACACUGCAACAUCACUUGCCCAGCGGGUCGGUAUGGUCUGGACUGUGCCAGGGUGGCGCUGUGUGGAGAGGGGGCGCAGAAUGACCCCGUCUCAGGCAGAUGUGUGUGUUGCCCUGGGAGACGGGGAGAGGACUGUGGACAUGGUUGCGCCCCAGGCUGGUUCGGAGCAGACUGCCUCCAGCAGUGUAACUGCAGUAACGGGGGGGUGUGUGACGCUGUGUCUGGUAACUGUACCUGUGGCCUUGGCUGGACAGGACCUCGCUGUGACACAGAGUGCUCUGCUGGAAGGUUUGGUGCUGACUGCCAGCUGAGCUGUGAGUGUCAGAAUAACAGCACCUGUGACAGGGUGACAGGAACCUGCCAGUGUGGCCCAGGGUACUACGGACGCCAGUGUGAGCAUGAGUGCCCCCCAGGUCUCCACGGCCCGCUGUGCCAGCUCCAGUGUGACUGUGUGAACGCAGCGUCCUGCCAGCCCUCCUCUGGCCAGUGUAUCUGCCCGCCUGGAUACCAUGGAGCCCGCUGUCAGAGAGAGUGUGAGCAGGGCACGUUUGGCCAGGGGUGUGCAGGAGUCUGUGACUGCGAGGAGGACGUGCCCUGCGACCCCUUGACUGGCAGGUGUCUGUGCUCCUCAGGGAAGACAGGUGCCAGGUGUGACACCGACUGCAAAGCAAACCGCUACGGGCCAGACUGCACAGAGAGCUGUGAGUGUGACAACAGGGCCCAGUGUGACCAGCGCAACGGCCGGUGUACCUGUCUUAACGGCUGGAUAGGACUCACCUGUCAGGAAGGUGGAUCCCCACGCCUCACCAACAGAAGCAGGAGAGACGACCCACAUCAAGACAAUGUUUUAUAGCGCCCCCUCCUGGCCAGAAGCUGCAACACACCCUACCAACCAGCCUCCCAGGAACAGAGGGCAGCACCACUGACUUGACUGAAUGGAGUCGACAGAAUGAAAGGAGAACGUGGAGGAGAUUCAGACAGACUGGGCCCAGACCCAGCUGUGGACCAGGACGCUCUCAAUGGCCAGUGUGGCUGCACGGCACGCACACACGGAGAAGUUCGACUCUCUGCUGAGAAAUGCACACACUCCGUGCUUGUUCUGAUAUGGGCACUGAUUUUAUAUAUGUGUAUGUGUGUGUGUGUGCUCUCUGAAUCGUGCAGGGGCUAGUGUUUGUGCUCAUGUAUGUACAAUACUGUGUGUGUGUAUGUGUGUGUGUGUGUGUUCUUCUCUAGUGAGAGCCUAAGAAACAUCCAGAGUUCCUUUCAGAUUUCGGAGUUCUGCUUUGCUGAGGAUCUGUUACAUUUGUUCGGUAAACCAUCUUAUUAAUUGUUUAUGCUAAUGUUUUGUACAUUUUUGUUUGCCAUCUCUCAUUACUUAAUUCAUAUGUGGUGUUCCUAGAUUGCAGUAUAUCCAUUGUAUAGAGAUAAAUUAUAAUGAAAGCCAGAGAGCUAUUGCUGGAUGUGAUACCACAGUUUCAUCAACCAAGCCACCAAACAUGGCCCAUGUUGCGAUUAUGACCUCACAAAAGUGCAUUCAUAAUUAAGGUGUAGCUAUGUACUCUACAGUACUAUGACCUCACAGAUGUGCACCAAUAACUAAGGUGCAGGCAAAGAACUUACUCUUUGGUGUAGGUAUGUACUGUACAGAUGACCUCACGGAUGUGCAUUAAUAACUAAAGUCUGGUUAUGUACUGUAUUAUGACCUCACAGAAGUGCAUUAUUAACUAAAGUUUAUUGUAAAUGAAUGCCAUGAAGUUGCGUUUGCCCGUCAAUGUAUGAAGUGAUAUGCUAUAAAAUGUUGGUGCUACGGUUUCUAUUUAACCCCCUGUGCUGUGGUGUUACUCAUGGGACUAGGCUGGCCUCAUAGCCGUCGCUAUGGUAGAGGUAGUUCCUGUGCUCUGGUCAUGCCUGUGUGCUGAAGGUAACUCUGCCACCCAGCUCCACAGGGAGCCGUGUGGACGGCUUGUCUUCUUGAAGCUGAUGUUGUCCCGUGUGCUGGCUUCCCCUCCUGAAGGAGACCUUCAUGGUGUUCCAAAAGCGUGUCAUGGUUAUGUAUCCGUAGCUGUUGAAGGGGGCACGUCGGGUGUGAUUGCCCACACACACACACCAUUACAACAGGAUCUGAGGAGACAGGUGCCCACCCAGUUCAAGGUCACCCCUCUUUCAGAACAUCCUGUGUGCGUAGUGCUAUUAAGUGGGAGGGUAGCUUUAGCUCCGUAGUAAAGACUGGAGAUCAAGAGGUUCCAAUUGCCCACUUGUGUACAUCACUGAAUAAAAUCACCUACUAAAUGAAUACAUAACAUUAUAUGUUAUGUUACAUAACAUUAAGUGUUCUAUAUUGAAAUCCGAUAAAGUCUAUCAUAUGAAGAUGAAAGCUAUCAUGGACCGUGGAGGGUCAUGAUGUUGCAGCUGUGCAGAUCUCAUUCACAGAAGCAGCCGUUUCAGUUUGUGCAUCCUAAACCAAAUAGGACCCACAGCUCUCCUGCCAAGCAGAGAAGGGAGUGGACAACACAAAGACAGAGACACAGGAAAUUGUUAUAUAUCAUUUUUUUUUAAUGUUGUUCGUUGUCAUUUCAUUAAAGACCAAAGCUGUACAUUUUGUCUAAAUUUGGAUUCAAGCACAGUGCAGUUAGCAAUGCCUGCAAACGAAAAGAAAACCAGAAAGAAAAAGGCAGAGGUGAUCACGACCAUAAAUAUAUACAAAGUUCAAACUAUGUACAAACAGAAGAUGUCUCUCUCUCUCAGGAUAGCUCCAUUUCUAAUGAGGGACUCCAUCUUCUACUCGCAGCAUUCAUGGUAACUAACAACGCUUUAUUUUCAGAGUCAAUCUCUCCUUACAUUGAUACAGUAUGAAGAGGGGAAAAGAUUCAAACCCCAUCUCCCCUCACCUCUUUUAUCUACCUACAUUUAACAUUAAAGGCUCCAACAUGACAAAUCUGUUUUCAGCUGGCUUGUUCCAUGAGAAUGGGGAGUUAUAUUAUUACCUAUACCAGGUGGGUUGAGUUUCUGAUAGGUCGAUUCAAAGCUACAGUAAUGGAUGACUGUCUAACAGCUGGCAGGAUUGUACAAUCCUUUAAGAACGUCAUUUUAAGAUGACAUUCUUUAACUCUACAUCCAUUUGUUGUUUUUGAUAUGUUGGUCAAGUUGUUAGUACUAAGAGGGGCACCACAGAUAUAUAACUGAGUUUAGCUCUACACUGGUCAGGGUAACUGUGACUAGGCCUUUACUGGUCCAGGUUAGUGGGACAAAGUCUACACUGGUCUGGGACGCUGGUAUUUGGUGUACAUCAGUCUAAGUGACUGGGACUAGAUGUAUACUGGUCCAUGUUACUA